AGCAAAGAGCCUGAAGAAGCCUUAUCCAGCUGCUGUCUACAGAUAAAGAGGCUUUUGAUUUUCUGAACUUGCACCUAGCCAAUACCUUUCCACCAAGAGAAGACCAACUCCAUGUUUUUCUUAAUGCACUGGAAAUCAUUAUGUGAAAGUUACUGUAACUACACAAACUCACCGAGGAACUUAUAUCAAAUUGUCACAUGGACCUGCCCCAAACCUGGCCACUCUGGAACUACUUUCAGGUUGAUACUUCCUUCAGAAAGUUGAACAUGUUUCUUACAUUCAGUCAAGAUCUGCACAGGUUGGAGAGCUGGAUGAAGGCAAGCUUCGUGAAGGACAAGUGCAGAGGAUCAACAGCAGGCACUAGUAGAGACUAGGGGUUGUCCUGCUGGAAAGCAGCUCCAUGGAGAAAGACCUUGGAGACCCGCUGGGCAGCAAGUUCUGCAUGGACAGCAAUGUGCCCUUGGGGCCAAGAGCGUCAACAGCAUCCUGGACUGCAUCAAGGAAAGUGUGGCCAGCAGGACCAGGGAGGUUCUCGUCCUUCUCUGCUCUGCCCUGUUGAGACCACACCUGGGAUACUGUGUCCAGUUCUUGGCUCCCCAGUCCAAAAGAGACAGGGAUCUGCUGGAGACAGUCCAAUUGAGAGCUAUGAGUAUGACUGGGGGACUUGAAUAUUUCUGCUGUGAAGAAACAGAGAGAUUUGUGGCUGUUUAGUCUGGAGAAGGCUGAGAGGGGAUCUAAUCAAGGUCUAUCAAUAUCUGAGGGGCAGGUGUCAAGAUAAAGAUGCCAGGCUCUGUUUCGUGGAGCCCAGAGAUAGGACAAAGAACAGUGGGUAUAAGCUGGAAUGCAGGAGGUUGCACGUCAACACAAAGAGACACUUCUGCAUGGUGAGCAUGCCAGAACCCUAAACCAGGCUGCCCAGAGAGGCUGUGGAGUAUCCUUCUCUGGAGACAUUCAAAACCUGCCUGGAUAUGUUCCUGUGUGACCUGCCCUAAGUGAUCUUGCUCUGCAGGGGUCUGGACUGGGGAGCUUCCAGCCCCUACCAUUCGGCGAUUCCUGGCUGCUCCUAUGUACAGCUGCCACCAAAAGAAUGCUUUUCAGUACCAGAAGCAGCAUGGACCGGUGCUAAGAUCCUGAUGACAGUACACUGAGAACAAGAAUGGAAGUAAAUUUAUUCAGCAAUUCUACUGUUGUAAACAGUUCAUCCAUCAACCAUAAGCAGUUGGAAGGGCAUAGCCUCUGGGAAGUCAUUACUAUUGCCACCGUGACUGCAAUUGUGAGCUUAAUAACCAUAGUGGGAAAUAUUCUUGUGAUGAUCUCCUUUAAGGUUAACAGUCAGCUCAAAACUGUCAACAAUUAUUACUUGCUCAGCCUUGCCUGUGCAGAUCUCAUCAUUGGAACCUUUUCCAUGAACCUUUAUACAUCCUACAUUCUCAUAGGCCAUUGGUCUCUCGGAAGCCUGGCCUGUGACCUGUGGCUGGCACUGGACUAUGUAGCUAGCAACGCCUCGGUGAUGAACCUCCUGGUCAUCAGCUUUGACAGGUAUUUUUCCAUCACCAGGCCCUUAACUUACAGGGCCAAACGCACGCCCAGAAGAGCCGGGAUCAUGAUCGGCCUGGCUUGGCUGAUUUCCUUCGUACUGUGGGCACCUGUCAUCCUGUGCUGGCAGUACUUUGUGGGGGAACGAACGGUGCCACCUGAGGAGUGCCAGAUCCAGUUUCUGUAUGAGCCCAUAAUCACCUUUGGCACUGCAAUUGCUGCUUUUUACAUUCCAGUGUCCGUGAUGACCAUUUUGUACUGUCGCAUCUAUAAAGAGACAGAGAAACGAACCAAGGACCUCGCUGAGCUACAGGGCUCUGAGUCUGUGGCAGAGUUUGAGAUGAUAAAGCCUCAGAAAACGUUCCUGAAGUCUUGUUUCAGUUGCAAGCAGCAACACUCAGUCAAAAGAGAGAGGUGUCAGGCUUCCUGGUCUUCAUCUAGUCGAAGUACAUCAGCUACGGCGAAGGUGUCCCAGGCAGUGAGCACUUGCAGUGAGUGGGCCAAGGCUGAGCAGCUCACCACCUGCAGCAGCUAUGCCUCUUCCGAGGAGGAGGACAAGCUGGCCUCUGACUCGGUCUUCCAAGUAACUUACAAAAGCCCAUCAAAGGAAAAGGCAGAAGAGUUCAAGGAGGGUGCAGGUGUGGCUGGCAAAGAGCAGCCUGAAGAAGAUGCUUUUGAGCACCAGAAAUACUUCCUGUCGCCUGCCAAAGGCCAGGCACAGGCAGGUAAGAAGUGCGUGGCCUAUAAGUUCCGGUUGGUGGUGAAGGCCGAUGGCAGCCGGGAGGCCAACAACGGGUGCCGCAAAGUGAAAAUAACUCCUUGUGCUGCUGCUCUGUCCAAGGAACCUUCCAUCAAAGGCAUGGACCCCAACGUCAGCAGCCAGAUCACCAAAAGGAAGCGGAUGGUCCUCGUGAAGGAGCGCAAGGCAGCGCAGACUCUAAGCGCCAUUCUUCUGGCCUUUAUCAUCACCUGGACUCCCUACAACAUCAUGGUUUUGAUCUCCACCUUCUGCUCUGACUGCAUUCCCCCGACACUCUGGCACCUUGGGUACUGGCUCUGCUAUGUGAACAGCACUGUUAACCCCAUGUGUUACGCCCUCUGUAACAAAACCUUCAGGAAGACUUUUAAGAUGCUGCUUUUCUGCCAAUGGAAAAAGAAAAAGGUGGAGGAGAAACUCUACUGGCAGGGCAAUAGCAGACUGCCAUGACUGCUCUGACAGCAGGGGAUUAGGGGAAAAGAGAUCUUCACAUGACCUAGUAAACUGUAAUCCUGUCUUCUCAAAGCUGUUGCUCUCUUUGUCUAGGGGUUACAAAAAAUCGGCAGAGGAGUAAAUUAUACAGGAAAUUAUACAUGAAAGUGGAGUGCUUGGGAUUAAGGAGUCAGUGGCUGCUGCAAGCAACACUGGCUGGCUUGGGUUGUGCAGCAGACCUGCAUUUAGGUUGCUGUGUAUGUGGUCUCCCUUCUUUCAGACUGGGAAUCUGUAGAGUCAGUUUUAAACUACUAUAAAACAGGGUGUGACACUCACCCAGUCACCAGGCCAGGAUAUCCAUCUGUCUCCUUGUAGUGCAGAUCUUGUUCUCCCUGUGGUUCCUUCCUGCUGUGUUGUUUAGUUUUUGGUGUACCAAGCAAUGGAACUCGUGCCACUGUUCCAAGACUGUUCCACCUGCUGCUGGAGUGAAACAAGGACUGUUUAAAGCGGGAAAUGUUGUCAUCCCCAGUACUAAUGGGUCACAGAGAUUCAUAGCACUCCAAAUGGACAAAAUUUGUAGAAAAAUGGCACACUGCAGAAAAUGUCCACUUCAAAGGAUGACUUUUCUGCAGACAUAGGAAGGGCUCAUAGUGGAGGAAAGCAGAUAAUGUAUUCUAUGCAUGACAAAGUCACAGUCUGUGUUCCAUCUUGCAAGUCACUGUCACCUAUAAAAAAUGGUGAUUGUCAGCAGAUACCUCAAAAUUUCUCUGUUUCUCAAUGCCUUCAUCCUGUCUCUAGACACCCUGAUGAAAGUCCCUCUGCAGCCUUCCUACAGGAUCCCUUCAGCUAUUGGCAGGCAGCUCUAAGGUUCCCUUGGAGUUCAGCCAGCUCCCUCAGCCUGUUCUCACAGCAGAGCUGCUCCAGCCCUUGGAUCAUCUGUGUGUCCUUCCUUCAGACUCACUCCAACAGCUCUGUGGCCUUUUAUGAUAGGGACACCAGAACUGGACACAGAAUUCAAAGUAGGGUCACAAGAACAGACUAAAGGGAGAAUGAGAGCAAAGAGGUACUAAUGCAUAACAGGAGGAUAAAUAAUGCAUAACAAGAAAAAAGAUGUGUUGAUGUCCAAUGCAUUUAGCUCUGCAUUAUGAAAUGAUCCCAAACAAUGACAGAACUGACAUCUCUGAAAUAAUUAUCUGCUGUUGGCACCUCUGAAAGAAGAAAUAUUUUGUAAGCAAUUUAAAAAUCUUUCUAUAAAACUAUAAUUUGCACUUUCAUACCACUUUUUAUCUUCAGAUAGCUUUCAAAAUGCUAGACAAUAGCAGAUGCUGGGAAAUUAAGGUGCCUCCAGUCACUGUCUUUUGGUCCAGCAGAACCAUAGCUGCUCCAAGGCUAGGGGCUGACCACUGUGGCUUUUGGGAGUGGGUUGUGCUGGCUGUUUAUAGCAAGCUGAAGGCUCUGAUCUGAGGCUGAGGUUUGCUGGGGUUUGUGGUUUGUGAUGGGGACACUUCUGUAGUAGGGUUUGAACUUGAUGUGCUUGACUGAUGCCUGUGUUACACCAGCACGAGUCCUGCAGCACAGACUGAGUGAGUACAAAAGCAAGGAGCUGCCUUAGGCCAUUGGAGCAGAGCUGCUGACCUGUCUGCUUGUGGUGGGAGCAAACAGGAAAGCUCAGAAAAGGCCAUGAAAAAUUAAAGCCAGUGGUGGCAGCAGUUAUAAGGAAUGAAAUCCUAAAAUACACAUGUGUUUAUGAAUAAAUGAAAAAUAUCUCCACCUACAAAGUGCAGAUUCAAUUCUAGCCUUUCUCUCACUAUUUGGGGUGAGAUGCUCUGGGGUAUGAGUUUGGGCCAGUCUUUGUAUCUGCUACACACCUGAGCACUACAUUGCAGUGGUGACAGGAGCCUGUUGCACAUUUCAGGGAGUGUAUUAGUCAUUGCUCUCAGUGAAGCUGUUAAUGUAAUUUAUUAAAUUAUCAGUCCAUCAAAACGGUUCCCUACAGAUAAAUAAUCCUCCAUGUCAACAACCACAGUACAAGCCAUUAGCAUUUUUUAUCCCCAGUCUCCAGAGGGGACAGUGGUGUCAGUGAAAGACUAUCAGUGCAGUGAUGUACAAACGUUCUCUGCAUUCUCCUGGUUGAUUCUGUACCACACCAUGCUGUGCCUGUUAUUUUUUGUGCAUUAGCAGAUGAUUGCUUAUUGAAGAGAAGUCCGGGUCCUGGUAAAGGCCCUGUCAUCAGCUUUCCUGUGGCUACCCAGAGCUUUCUUUGUGUGCAGUACCUGUGUAUAAGUUGGUGACUCUUGUGGGGUUAUUUGAUCUUUAGCAAUGCAUCCCUCUGGGUCACAGAAAUCUCUGAGACAGUGACACUCCCAGCUAGCUGCAGUGCCGUUGCUAAAGCAGCACAUUCUGAAAUGGCCUGGGAUUGUUGUUGUUUUUGUUGGUCUUUGCUUCUGUUGAACAAGACUGUUUUGUAAAUGCUUAUGGACACUGUGCACAUCCAAUGUAUAGGAACACACAGUGAUGGUUCAAUGUGAUCGUGAAAUGUGUGCUUGAAUUGUGGUGCUGGCACUUCAGCAUGUGAGACAUGGCCAGACGUGGGGACACUGUAAAUAGCUGGACCUGUAUAAAGAGCUGUGUGUUGCUUGA